AUGUUUCCUCCAAUAAUGGUUUAUACAUGGUCAUUUACUGCAGCUACACCUUCUUUUCGUUGUCGAACACCAAUGGAUGAUAUAUCGGAUGUUUCAAUAACUGAUAAAAUUCUACAGAAUUAUAAACCAAGUAAAUCUCAAUGUGAUCAAUAUCAAAAGCAAAUAUCUUUAAGUGAAUGUCAAAGAUGUUUUCAACUAACUAAUGAAACUUAUUAUAGUGAUACACAUAUGAAACCUUGUACUAAUUUUAUUUUUGAUCGAACAUAUUAUCAAUCAACACUUGUUGAAGAGGUUUAUAUACUUCCAGAAAGUCCACGUUGGCUUAUUUCGAAAGGACAUUAUAAUCAUGCAGAAAGAGUUCUUCGUCGAAUAGCUAAAACAAAUGGAAGUUUUUUUGAUUCAAUGGCAUAUGAUGAUUUAAUCAAUGAAGAAAAAAAAAGAGAAGCAUUAUAUCCAAAGAAAUCUCAUGGUUUAAGAAGUUUAUUUCAAUCAAAAAUUAUGAUUAUCAUUGCAAUUAAUAUGUCAUUUCAAUGGUUUGUACAAAAUCUUGUUUUCUAUGGUGUUUCACAAAAUACUGGUGCAUGGUUAACUGAUCCAUAUAUAGCAUUUUUGGCAGGUGCUUUAGUAGAAAUAGUUGCCUAUUUUAUUGUUCAUCUUGUACUUAAUCGAUGGGGUCGUAAAUUAGCCUAUUGUACAUUUGUACUCUUAUUUGGAUUUUUUUCAUUCUUUGUUGUACCUAUUCAAAUGUUUACGCUAAAAAAUAGUCAAGAACAAUAUAUUCUUAUGUUUAUAAUAAAUGUUCUAUUAAAAUUUCUUGCAUCUGGAUCUUAUGCUAUUAUAUACAUAUAUGCAAAUGAAUUAUUUCCUACACAAGGACGAAAUACAGGAAUUGGACUGUGUUCAAUGGUUGCACGUUUUGGAGCUAUUAUUGGAACAUUAUCAAAUGAUCUUUUAGCUCGAGUAUGGAUUCAUUUUCCAAUUGUUGUCUUUGGUACAACAUCUCUUAUUGCUGUAGUUUUUGCAACAAUAUGUCCAGAAACAAUGAAUAAACCAUUACCUGAAACAAUUCAUGAUGUUGAUCGAAUGGGUCUUACUUGGCCAUGUUGGAAACCAAAAACAUUGAUAUGUGAAGAUAUGAAUGGUAUGGCUGAUAGUGAUGAACAUGUAUCAUUAAAAAAUCAACUCAAAGAAAAUGAUAGUUUUUAA